CAGGCAGCGAGGGCGGGUCCGUUUCCGGCGGCGCGUGGGGCCGCAGGCCGAGUUGCCCUGCCGCUGCCAACAUGGAGACUUUGUACCGCGUCCCGUUCUUGGUGCUCGAAUGUCCCAACCUGAAGCUGAAGAAGCCGCCGUGGGUGCACAUGCCCUCGGCCAUGACGGUGUACGCCCUGGUGGUGGUGUCCUACUUCCUCAUCACCGGAGGGAUAAUCUACGACGUUAUCGUUGAACCUCCGAGUGUCGGCUCUAUGACGGAUGAGCACGGGCAUCAGCGGCCGGUGGCUUUCCUCGCCUACAGGGUAAACAAACAGUACAUUAUGGAAGGGCUGGCUUCCAGCUUCCUGUUCACAAUGGGAGGUUUAGGCUUCAUCAUCCUGGACCGCUCCAACGCACCCAAUAUCCCCAAACUCAACAGGUUCCUGCUCCUGUUCAUCGGCUUCGUCUGUGUCCUGCUGAGCUUCUUCAUGGCCAGAGUGUUCAUGAGGAUGAAGCUCCCGGGCUAUCUGAUGGGCUAGCGUGCCGUGGGGAGAAGCGUGGCUGCCGGGUCUGCUCCUGUCUGAAUAGUGAAGCCGCCAGCCCUCCACGAAGUGCGGAAGGCAGUGCUGAGCGCAGAACAAGGUGUCUGGGAAGACAGGACGCGCCCCCGAAGCUCGGACUAAUGUCUCCUGUCACAAGUUCCUGCAGCACUUCGGUACUGACAACCGGCCACACGGAGCGGCAUUCUCCUAUUAGUUUUUCGUUUCUUGAAGAAAACAUACUCCAUUACUGCAACUGUAAUAUUGAAUAAAGUGAUUAUUUUUACAACCCCCUUGACAUCUCAGGAGCUGGCUGUUCUGGUUUUCAGAAAUUCAUCAGGAAGCAAGAUCCCAAGAGCUGUAGGCCCUGGCCAGCCUCGCCUGCGGUGAUUUGCCUCUGAACAGUAUGUGAUCUGUUGUUUCAGUCGUGUGGGAAACUGUCCUGGGGCCAGAGGACGUGUGAGAGGAGCAGAAAUAAAUAAUUUUUUAAUUAA